UCUUUUAGAUCUAGUCAACCCGCCGGCAACUACCUCCAGGGCAAUGGAUCUAUCCCUUCCUUGCGUUGGAGGUCCCCAGAAUGCCCUUCACCUGCGACCAUGAAGGCUGCGGCCGCUCCUAUCUUCGUAAGGAACACCUCACACGCCACAAAAAAGAGCACUCUGCAACGCCUUCAUUUUCCUGUCCAUCAUGCGGUACCAAGUUUACAAGAGGCCCCGCCAACCCGCGUAGCACAAGCCUGCGUUCCAUGCCACCGGACAAAGACCAGAUGCGAUGGUCAGCAACCCACCUGCUCAACAUGCAAUGACAAGGGGAAAUCGUGCGAAUGGCCCCAGCCGCGCGGCGGCAGCAAGUCGCUGACGGACCGAUCUUCCUCUUCGCCGUCCAGCUCCUCCGGCCUACCGACCUCGGGCUGCACGCCGCCCUCGAACUCCAUGGCCUUGCCCGACCACGGCGGUCAUCUGAUGACAGCGCCGAGCAUGCAGCAUCAGCAUCAGCAUUCGCAGCAUCCGCCCACCGGCAUGACUACUACCUCGCAUGCGAUGAUGUCGGCUGGUCCCAUGCCGAUGACGACGAUGUCCGACACCCUCGACUUCACCACCCCGGGAUCCAUCCUAGAUGAGGCCAUGAGGCUCCAGCUGCAGAGCAUCUACUUCGCCAAGUUCCAUCCCCAAUGGCCGCUGCUGCACCGGGAGACGUUCGAGACUACGGCGCAACCCAAGUUGUUGAUGCAGGCCGUGAUGACGGUUGGACUAUGGUUUGCUUCGUGGCCUGACGCCAGGGGCUUGGCCAUCAAGUUCCACGAUAGCCUCCUGGUAGAAACAGGAAACAAGCUUCUUGAUCUAUUAGAGCAGUCAAGACAAGGCAUGCUCUCGCCGCGGAUGGAUUUGCUCCCAGUUUUCCAGUCCAUGCUGAUCUCGACAAUACUCGUGCCGUAUCGAGCGGACCAGUCCAUGGACAACGUGAUGAUGACGCACUCCAUGUUGCUCGAGACGUUUAAAGCUACGGGAGUAUAUGAGCAGUCAAAGAUCAAUCUAGGGUCGCAGCUCUUCUCGCUAUCUUCCAGUUCAAACUACAUCUAA